AUGGAGAUAGAAGAUAUCAUUUACAAUGACACUAAAAAGAAUAAACAAUUUGCCCAUACAUGGAUUGAGUAUCUCAAAAAAGACUUUAUUCGUUAUCCUAAGGAUAUUCCUCAAAUUAUUUUAAUAUUGUCUUUGAUCUGUACAAUUGGAGCAUUUUUAAACAUGCAACUGAAAGACUUUCCAAUUCCUCUCCCUGUGAUUCUGUUUUUAUUUGGAUGCAGUUUUGAAAUACUAAGUUUUGCAUCUUCCAAGGUCCAAGAAUAUGUGAAUACCAUCCAAUGGAUGAGUCCAAAAUUAUUUUUUAAUUUAUUUACACCAAUAAUAACCUUUCAUGUGGCAUUCGACAUGGAUAUAUAUAUGCUCCAAAUGUUAACUUGGCAGAUAAUUUUAAUGACAAUUCCUGGAUUUCUUGUGAAUCAUACCUUAAUCCUUUGGUAUCUGAAUUCUGUGAAUAAAUUCUCUUUGAGGACAAUGCCAACAUUAUUGUUUUCACUUAUCCUUUAUAGUUCAGACCCCAUGCUGACUUCAGCUGCUAUAAGGGACCUUGGUCUUUCCAGAUCUCUUACCAAUUUAAUUAAUGGCCAAAGUCUGAUAAGCUUUGUUCUAUCUUUAGUGACAUUUUCUAUUAUUAUGGAGAUGAAUAGAAAUAUGGACAAGACAAUGAACUAUUCCUUAGCCUAUGAAAUUAGAGUUGGACUUGGAUUACAUUUCUUAGCAAGUUUUGUGACUGGGAUUAUAAGUUCAAAAAUACUACAAGUUUGGAUGGCAACUAUUUUUGGAGAUGAUGUCAAUCACAUAAGUCUCAGUUUCUCAAUUUUGUACCUCGUCUUUUAUAUUUGUGAGUUAAUUGGAAUGUCUGGAAUAUUUACUCUGGCUAUUAUGGGACUUUUCUUAAACUCCACAAGUUUUAAACCAGGAGUUGAAGCACUUCUUCUUGAAUUCUGGAAUUGUCUAGCAUUUGUUUCAUUUCUUAUGGUGUUUACUUUCAUUGGACUCCUAAUUCCUGCACAAACAUAUGCAUAUAUAUCAUUUUCUGAUUUAUUUUUUUCACUAAAUAUGUAUUUCACAUUGUUUGUCUUAAGACUUUUGACGAUUCUCUUACUAAGCCCUCUCUUGUCUCGACUUGGCCAUGGAUUCAAUUGGCGCUGGGCAUUCAUAAUGGUCUUGAGUGAAAUGAGAGGGAUGCCUAACAUAAGCAUGGCCCUACUACUUGCUUAUGACUCUUCCACUGGAACUGAGAGGGAAAAAUCUCAAAUGUUAUUUCAUGGAGUGGCUGUGUGUUUCAUUACUUUGAUUUUAAAUAGAUUCAUUUUGCCGCUAGCCGUUUCUAAACUAGGUCUUCGUGAUGUCACAUCAACAAAAUAUAAAUCACUUUACUAUACAUAUAAACACUUUCAAGAGUUAACCAAAUCUAUUGCUUCUACACUCAAAUUUGACAAAGAUCUUGCUAAUGCUGACUGGAACGUUGUUGAGAGAGCAAUUAUAUUUCAAAAUCCAUACGCGGCAAGCCAAGAAGAAACGACAGGCCAUCAAAUGGUGAGGUGUCCAAACUGUAACAAGGAAAUAGAUGAGACUCUUAAUAUUGAAGCAAUGGAGCUGGCCAAUAGUCGUCUUUUAUCAGCACAAAUAGCAAGCUACCAGAGGCAAUACAGGAAUGAGACUCUAUCCCAGAAUGCAGUCCAGUUGUUGGUGGGUGCAGCAGGAAGCUUUGGUGAGAAGAAAAGAGAAUAUAUGAGUCCUGAGACAAUAAAGAGUUACUCUGAAAGCAAAAAAAUUCUUACUUUUAUAAGAAAAAUACUUCUCAAUUGGGUAUAUAAUACUAGAAAGGAAAAGGGGACCCCAUCAAGAAAUUUCUUACUUCGUAUAAUCCACAGCAUAGUAUUCACUGAUGAAUUUGAAUAUGCUGGAUACCUUGUGAUUCUAAUGAAUCUAUAUCCUAUUGUAAUUUCUUGGAUACCCACUUUUAAUGAAAUUUAUGAGGCAGAAUUAAGAAAAAGUAACUUCUCUUUUCUAGUGUUUUAUAUCCUGGAGGCCGUACUUAAGGUGGCAGCUAUGAGGAAAGAAUAUUUUUUGCAUACCUGGAACGUAUUUGAGCUCGCAAUUACAUUUGUUGGUAUUAUAGAUGCAUCAUUUUACAACCAAAUCUCCAAAGAAAGGAAUUUCACUGUUAUUAAAACAAUGGUCUUCCUUAAAAUUGUUCGACUGCUUCGUUUAUUGCGCAUUUUGAAGCUUGUAACACCAAAGUUGCUACAGAUAAUAGACAAAACAAUGAGUCAACAACUGUCAUUUAGGUACUCUGUUUUGAAAGGAUAUGUCCAAGGGGAAGCAGACAUAAUGACUGUAAUGGAUCAUAUUUCAAGUUCUCAGCAGAUUAAGCAGAUGUUAGUGAAACGAGUGACAAGAAAUACAGCCCGGGCUAUGAAAGAGCUGGGCUACUUAGAAUAUGAUCAUCCAGAAAUCGCCAUCACUAUGAAGACAAAGGAACAAAUUGAUGUCAUGCUUAACAUAGCUAGAGAAAUUGUGAAGGUUUUCAGAUCUGAAGGAAUUAUUCAUAAAAUUGAAGGUUCUGAAAUUAACAAGUUAAUCAUAGCCAAAAAAAAAGAGAUGUUUGAUUUUCAACCAGAUAUUAUCAGGUCUCCUACUAUUGAAGAAGUAUUAUACCAAAUCCCAUGGCUAGAUAAAGAACAGGAACAUAUAAGCUUUAUUCAGGAAAGAGCCAAACUUGUAACAUUUGAUUGUGGAAAUGAUAUAUUUGAAGAAGGUGAUAAGCCCAAAGGAAUCUAUAUAAUUAUUUCAGGCAUGGUAAAGCUUCAAAAGUCAAAGCCAAGUUUCAGUGAUGACAACAUAAUUUCGGGAUCAAAGGAGAAGGAUUUUCCAAAAGUUCAUACAGAUUAUUUAAUCAGUGGGGAAAUAAUGGGAGAACUAAAUUGCUUGACAAACACACUCAUGGAAUAUUCUGCCACGUGCAAAACUGUAGUGGAGACUUGCUUUAUUUCCAGAAAGCAUUUGUUUGAAGCUUUUGAACUUUGCUGCCCAGCUAUAGAAUAUAAAAUGUGGCUAAAAAUUGGACUUACUAUUACUGCAAAAAAAGUCAGAGAAAAGUUAUCUUAUGAGGACUGGAACUACAAAAUGCAAUUACAACUGUGCAACCUUUAUGUCAAAGAUGUACCACUAAACACUAAAACUGAUAUUUAUGAUGAAGCUAUAAUCUACAUUGUCCUCAUACAUGGGGCUGUAGAAGAUUCUCAGUUACGGAAAGUUUACAAGGCACCUUCUUUAAUUCCUAUUACAUGUCAUCAGAUACAAGGCACUGAAGAAUUCACAAAACUUGUUAUUGUUCAAACUUCAAUUGAUUUAAAAAAAAUCAAAUCGAAUACAAGAAAAUAUAUACCUUUCUGUAAACAUUCUCUUGCCUUACAAUUAUCAGUUGAAGAAAUGACUGCUGCUCCCACUCAGGACAACGCUGAUCAGACCUCUGUGGAGGAACUCUGCUACACUUUGAUCAAUCACGAGGACCACAAGCCGUUGGUGAACACUGCUGAAGAACACUAUGAGAACGUUUCCCUCCAGGCUGAGAGACCCAGAAGUGCCUUGAAGAAAACGGAAACUGAUGCAGCACCUUACCACCAGGAUGAUGAAAAAGAGCUGAAGUAUCUCCUCUGUGAGGUGAUGGUUCAGCUACUAAGUGAAAGGCCAGUAGUUGGAACCCCCGACUACUUCCAUGAAUUAAAAGGCUUGGUGAACUCUCCGUAUACUGUGAGGAACUGUGAUGAUGGAAAGGAUGCGAACCUGGCCCGACAAGGAGGCAAGCUGACUAUCCACGAGCAACUAGUCACUGCUCCAUUAACCGGCACCAUGGGCACUCGGGGUGCGGGAGCUCUCUGUGCAGUGGGGAGCUGCCCUGUGCACCGCAGGGUGUUUAAAGCCAUCUCUGGCCACGUCAGUCAGAGGCCAUGCCUGUGUGGAAACAGAGAUCAUAAAAAGCAAGCCUGUCCUGAGGAGCUGAGAGAAGCUGAGAGAGUUACCCACAUGCUUCCUGAUCCUGAUCGUCAGCAGUAA